CUCUAACGGUUAGCAACAACACAAACUGCAGUUUAAUUUAAUUUUAAAUUUAUUACAACUAAAUGCAACAUGCUUUCCAAUCUUAUUGUGACCAAUCAAAAGGUCAUCCUUAUAAUUGAUCAACUAAAUCGCGAACGAAUCGCGCUAAAGUUCAUUGGCAGCCUGCUUCACGAGCAGGGCGAGGGCAAGGAGAUUAAGACAUUGCCAAUUGGCACGCAACUGAAGCACGUGGCCAGCUUCGAGACGCUGCUAAACGAAUGCAACAACAAUAAUAAUAAUCAAUUAAACCAACCAGAGCCAACAACAAAAACUGGCUGCAAUAUCAUACUGCCAACGCUGGCAGAUUUGCUCUGCUAUCAGACGCCCGCCUAUAUCUUCGACUUCAUCAAUAAGUUGCGGCGCUCCGAGCAUGUCCGUCGCGUGUUCUUGUGGGCGUCACCGCAGAACUUGCAGCACCCGGACGCUGACUACAUACUAGCCGGAUGUGAGUAUCUGGCGGAGUUGGUGCUACGACUGGAGACGGAUACAACGUUGUCGCUGAUAUCGCGCAAGCCGGGCGGUGGCGUCACCAACAAACGCUAUACGUGCCAAGUCAGCAAGACAGAGUUCCAAGUGUCGCCACUGCUGGACGCUAGCGAAACGAAUGCCUUAGCUGCUGCAACUAAAAUAGAGGCUGCACACGAAGAAGCCGUAAAAGCAGCUGAUCCUGGCGGUACCUUCAAGAUCGAACUGGACGAGGAUGAAGUUGUGGCGCGCAAUGCGCUGACAUUGCCAUAUGAACGCACCAGCGAAGCGGCUGAGGGCAACAUCAUCUACACGCCAGAUGCCGAUGAUGAUUUCGAUGAUGAGGAUCCGGAUGAGGAUCUAUUAAUAUAGAAUGUGCUCGCACAGCAAACGGCAGUACAAAUGGCCUUGGCUUUAAAUAUUUAAGUCUAACAUACAAAUAUAUAAAAUGCAUAUAACAUUAAGCGAGCUCAAGAAUUGAAAUUCCGGCCAAAAUGAAAAUGAAUCUUAUAGUUGCAUAGUUCAAAGUUUAUACUACAUGCUAGAGAUAUAUAUAUGUAUGUCCAGUGUUACAAUUGCAUCGCAUAGUUACUUAAACCCUAACAAUUUGUUUGUAAUACUCUUUUUUAAAAACUUGCCCACACUCACUUUCACUCCACAAACGACCGCAAGUCCCAAUCUCAUUCUCAUUUUACAUAUAUCACAACAUUCUAAAAGAAAAAAGAUUUUAAGGUGCGUUCAAAAUUUGUAGAAUCUGAAUUAGAGAAGUUCGAAUGUGGCAAAGUGCAAAAUUGAAACACUUAAGAUUAAAACGGCAAAUCCGAUGCGGAUGCCCUUGCAUAUGCUCGAUCCGUAAACUGAAUAAUAAUAGAUUAUACUAUAUAACAUAACAUUGUAGAUAUUCUAUCUAGUCAAACUUGUUAUUAUAUACAUUUUCACAUUAAUAUCAAAGUUAGGCUCAAAAGAAAACAGAAACAAAUCGGUUUCAUUCUCCAUUAGGGACUUGAAACAGUCCCAUAAAAUUGUUAAUCUCAGUGUAAGCUCAGGCUACUGACAUAACGCCAGAAUAAUACUAAACAAUGAUUUAAUGAAAGGAAUACAUAUGCAAGGGCUAAGUAGACUAUCGGCUGCUUUUAGUUUUGUGUGCGUUGAGCAUAAUAUUGCAGAUAUCUGAGUUUAAAAUUCUUAUUUGAACUAUGACAUUUAAGUAUUGAAACGAGUAGUAAACAGAUGGUUAAAAAACCAACACACAGACACAUGAGGACAUUCACAACUAUUUACACAACAAAAUGAAUAACUAAAAAAUUAUCAAUGGUAGCGUUUUCAAAAAUGGCUAUAA